AUGGAGUCGUUGGCCAAUUGUCGGAAUCAAAAUAACCUACGCGAAAAAUCGCCCACGGACUCUACAGAGGUGAUCAAGGAGUGUGAAUCCUUAUUCUCUACCUGCGACUACGUCAUGGAGCCGACGAUCUUCACACAGUUACAGCGCUACUUUCUGGCGGGUGGAGCUGUCGAACCCGCCAUCAAUUUACUCGCCGGCAACUACGCGGCUGUUGCGCAGAUGGCGAACCUGGUGGGCGAGUGGCUCACAGUGGCCGGUGUGUGCGUGAGCGAGGUACAGGAAAUGGCGGAAAACCGCCUUAUAGACUCGAUUCUGAAGAUGUUCGAUCCGGCGAAGGCAGAUGCUGUUUUCGUCGACGAUGGCUUCAGUCCUACCUGGCUCAUCGAGAUGGUCGAGCACCGCGUUUGGCGGUCACUCUUCAUUCGGCUGUCGGAGAUGCACCCGAACUGUCUGAUGUUAGAGUACGCCAUCAAGCUCAUCUCGGACGCUGGUUUUCAGGGCGAAAUUACUUCCGUUGUGCCUGCGUCACACCAGUUCGACGUGUUUUCACGCGUGCUCCAAACUGCGAUCGUAAGAUUUCUCGAUCGACCGGAUGACCAUCAGCGGACGAUCAAUUGUGCCAAGUUGGUGUGUCACACGGAACACACCUAUCUCUACGGUCAGGUGUUAAUUCAGAUGAUCUCGCAGUACUCGAAGUCUGGUUUAAUCAUGAAACGUCUCUCGCAGGAAAUUGGCAAAUACGCGCUUCGGAACAACCGGAAUGUGAUGCCAAUCACAAUGGCGCUCAAUGGUGCAGAACAUUACCCGGAAGCAUGCGAAGCACUUACGGCGAUGCUGACAAAGAACACGCUCAACCCGGCCCAUAUUGUAGUGCUUCAUCGAAUGUACUCGUCCACGCAACCGCCACCGAUCGAUCUGAUACGCAUUCCGCAAUUUUUGGAGCUGCUUGUCGAUUCGCUGUUCACCGUGAGUACCAGGAUCAAUAAGUACCACAAAUCGAAAUACAUCUAUCUGCUUGCGUACGCGGCCAGUGUGGUCAGUACAACCCGUUAUUGGAAAACGAACACGAGCGAGCUGCAGGAAACAAUAGAAGCGAUUCAGCAAGCACACAACAUAUGCAUUUUGAACCAAGAUUCAUACGGCCUUAUCUGCAUCCCGACGCUCUUUAAAUGCCUUCAGUAUCCGGUGGUCGGGGCUGGCCUGAUACGUUGGGUGCAGAGCACGGUUCUGUGUCCGGAGUACCUGCUCGAAAGCAACUCUCUGCACCUGAUGCUGCUAGAUGAAGUGGCUUCCGAGCAUGCAUUGCUCCGCGAGCCGGUCUGGCGGCUGUUGGUUAAGCUGUUCGAGUCGAAGCAGAAUGAAGGAGGCGGAGUGCUUUUGUCCCUGAAGGUAAAGAAAAUGCUGAUCGAUCGCAUGAUGAACUUGAUGGCGCACGACUACGUCGUACCCGUGGUGAAAUACAUAAACACGUGUGUUUUUCGUGGCAAUGUGGAUGUUUCACUCAUCCGUUACUUUGUCCAAGAGGUCCUGGAAAUAAUCGAGCCCCCAUACUCGGAUGAGUUUGUGCAGCUGUUUCUGCCGCUGGUGAAAAACGAACAGAUAACAGGUUUGAUGACGCACGUGGCCGAUAGCAACCCAGUGUCGGCGUUUAUCGUUCACUGCGCGGCGUACCACGUCGAAGCUGAAACCAGAAAUCCUUAA